AUGGCUUCCUCCGUUUUUUUCAAGUUCAAGUCGCAGAAAGAGCCAACUCGUGUCGAGUUUGAUGGCACUGGUAUCUCUGUGUUUGAGUUGAAGCGCGACAUCAUUCUCAAGAGCGGCCUCGGUGACGGUACCGAUUUUGAUCUUGCUAUAUAUACAGAGGAUAACAGUGAAGAAUACGACGAUGAUACGACCAUCAUACCGCGAUCGACCACCGUCGUUGCUCGCAGACUCCCAGCUACCAAGCCUGGCGCAGGCCGCGGCGCUCGUUACGUCUCCGGCAAGAUGCCUGCGUCGGCCAAGAACUCUGCCCGCAAAGAGCAAGUAGUCAAAUCAGCGACAGCCAAGGUGGCUUCCAAUGCCUUCAGCCAGAUGAACAGCGCCAUGACGGAGGAGGAGAAGAUGGCAGCCAUGUUCGCCGCACAAAGCGAGCAGUGGUCGGCCCAACAAGAAGAGAUGUCACACCAAACCCCUGUCUUUGUCAAAGGCGGAGCAAAGCGCCCUGCGAAUGUGCCUGACCACGACCCCCCCAACGGGUACAUUUGCUACCGGUGUGGAGAGAAAGGUCACUGGAUCCAACUUUGCCCUACCAAUGAUGAUCCUGAAUUUGACAACCGUCCCCGUGUCAAGCGUACUACUGGCAUCCCGCGAUCGUUUCUGCGUACCGUCGACAAGUCGGUUGCCCUGGCGCAGAAUGGUGAUGAUGACGCGAAGAGACCCUCGGGAAUCAUGGUCAACGCUGAUGGAGACUUUGUCGUGGCUGAGCCCGACAAGGCCGGCUGGGAGCAGUUCCAGGCCAAGGCCAAGUCGUCGGCAUCAGCCGCCAAGGCUAUCGCCCUGGGUGACAAGGAGUUGCAGGAGAAGGGGCUGGCAUGCUCGAUCGACAACAAGAUGUUUGUAGAGCCAAUGAAGACGCCGUGCUGCCAGAAGACAUAUUGCAAUGAUUGCAUUACCAAUGCUCUCAUCGAGUCGGACUUUGUCUGUCCGAAUUGCAACACGGACAGUGUCCUGAUUGACGAUCUCAAGCCUGACGACGAAGCCGUUAAGAAGAUUGACGAAUACAUGCAAGAGAAGGCUGCACCCAAAAGCCCCGUUGUCGAGGCUGCACCCGUUGCUACAGCGUCGCCUAAGCAGCCAACUGAGGAGGAGACAAAGAAGGCGGAAGAAGCGAAACCAGACGAAGUCGGUGAGUCCAGGAAGGAGCCGGCACAGUCUCCCAAAGCCCCUGAUUCGCCUGCCAAAGCCACUCCCGCGGCCGAUACACCCAAAUCAUCAACAGCAACUCCAGUCGUGGCCGGUGCUGAGAGUGGGCCGUCCACGGACACGAACUCCAAGAAACGGCCUGCCGAUGACCUCUUGGAGAACCCCAAGAUUCCAAAGGGCCCCAAGGCUAUGCAGAGACAACAAGAGCAGCAGCAGCAGCAGCAGCAGCAGCAAGCCAUGAAUAACAUGUAUGGCAUGCCCAUGAACCCAAUGAUGGGCUUUGGUGGGAUGAACAUGGGUGGUUUCAAUCCCAUGGGAAUGCCCAAUAUGAAUAUGGGCAACAUGAACAUGGGAAUGCCUAUGAUGAACGGCAUGAACCCCAUGAUGAACAUGCCUGGAUUCAACGGCAUGAACGGUGGCUUUGACAUGGGCGGUAUGUUCAAUGGCAACUUCAACAUGGGUGCGGGCAUGAACGGUAUGAACGGCAUGGGAAUGAAUGGCAUGAACGGCAUGGGGAUGAGUAGCAUGAACGGCAUGGGGAUGAAUGGAAUGAACGGCGUGCCGACUGGUGCAAUGAACAACUUCAACAAUCAACAGAGGCACAACUUCACUCAGCCCAGCAACGACGAGGAGGCGUACUUCCGUCGACCUGUUAACCCCCACCGUCACCAGAACCGUCAGAAGCGCGUUCGUCCCAGCGACUACCGGGAGCUAUAA